AUUUAACCCCACGUUUGCGAUUCACUCUGUCUCGUGAUACGAAGCACAUGCCUGGUCACGGAAGCAGACGAGUGGACAAGUCGUGAGCUUGCUUCGCCCUCUUUGUUCGCCCAAAUCGCCUUCCAGCCAGCCAAUUCCUUCAUGAGGCCCCGCUGUCGGCUGCAACGACCUCCCCUCCGUCCAUGUCGUGCCACGCGUCCAUCAACGGCCAUCGCAUGCAUUGAAUGUCUCAAUAUAGCUCAGGCCGGACCCAUGACGUGGCUGCCGCUGCGUCUCUUCACACUCGUGUGUUCGCUACGGAUCCGCUCUAUCUUGCCUUACCAAGAGCUUGAUCUGAAUGCUUCAGGGUACAGCGACACGCAGCCAAACAUGCACUCGCUGUGGUCGCGGCGGCAGCCACAGGCUCAACAUCGAGGCCACCCCAUUCGACCUGCCAGACUCGAUGCUCUGCAAAGCUACAACCAAGCGCAAGAACGUUUCCAUCCGCCACGGACAACCCUCCCACCUUCACCCGACCCAACUUGCUCUUGGGCGUUGCAACCUGGACCUUCGAAAUCUUUCCGGAUGAGACUUUGGUGCAUGCAUACAAAAUCUAAAUGAAUUUUGGUCUGGGUCAAGGUGCAACAAUAGACAGGAGAUGCAGCGACGACCACAACGACCGCCCUUGUUG